CAUCUCUCAGAUUUGAUUUAAAGAAGGAAAAGAAGAAUUUUUAUUUUUUUGGGCUUAAGUGUGUUUCUUUUAAUUAAUAUACUCUGAUUGACAAUUUUCUUCACGUGGCAAAGAAAAGAAGAUACUGACGAGGGAGAAGAAGGGAAGAUGGAGUGGGGUUGCGCGGGAUGUCUGGGGACUGGGGAGGAGGGGACAACAACAGCUAAAAGACAUAACAAAGAUGACCAAAGGUCACAUCCAGUAAACCAACGUGAGUCAGCUAGACUGGUUGCAGCUCGCGUAAGAUCAUGGGCCACCUUGUUAGUAUCUCUUCGAACAUGCGUGGAACCUCUCAAAACAGCUACAGCUUCCACAUGAACUACACUGGUGGCAAGUAGAAUAGGCCAUUGAAAAACACCAAGAUCCAAGUCCAGAAAAGUCCCUAGUAUUACUCCACCAGCACCACCUUUUUGCUCCUCUACAACAGAAAAGCUCCAUCCACGUUUGAUUUCACAAAGUCCAGAUUCUAUUUAUUCAAUGAGAUGUCGCAGAUUUGUAAUGAAAUCGUUUAAGUAUUCAUCUUGAAGAUCUUUUCUGGAAAGUAUAUGUCUUAACUUGGCAUGGUUGCUCUUUAAAAGAAUAGCAAUUUCAGAGUCUUUAUCCAUUACCAACUUGAUAGCUUUACUCAAGCUCUCCUUGGCAAUCCACCCAUUUUCUCCUCUUUCCA